AAGGAACUGUUGAAAAUGAUAAGAGAAGUGGGAGACCCAAGUCACUUUCAGAUAGAGAUAAAUGUGUUUUAGUGAAAGUUGUCCAAAAAAAUAGGAAAAAUGCAGUAGAAGAUUAUAAAAACGAAAUAAAUAAGAUUCUCUCAAGGCCUGUAAGUACAAGAACAGUGCAAAGAAAUUUACAUGAAAUGGGUUAUUAUGCAUGUGCAGGAAAAAGAAAGCCUUUAACAUCAGAAAUAAAUAGAAAAAAACGUUGUCAUUUUGUGAGAUAUAAUGAUGUUCUUCCAAUAGAAAAUUUAUGGGAUGAGCUUGAAAGGAGAGUUAGAAAACGUGAGAAUAUUCCUAGAAAUAAAAAUGAUCUUUUUGCUGCCCUGGAAGAAGAAUGGUACCAAAUUGACAUAGAUACAUUGGCAAAUUUAGUUGAUAGUAUGCCUAGGAGAAUAGAUGCU